AUGGACCCGCUCGAGCAAAUGUUGGUGGUUGCUGAUGUCGACCGACCAACAGUAGGACGGUCGAGUCAAGAUGACGAUGCGCGCGUCGUCGUCGUCAGCGACGUCGGACUCGACGACGAGGUCUGUUUGUCGCAAGACAAAUCACCGACGCCCACCUGCAACAGACAACAUGCCGACGCACGUGUACCGAAUGAGUCAACGGAUCCGAGACCCGCGGUCGGCGUUUUUAGCACGAAACCGGUGUCGUCAUCUGCUGUCGGGAUUGCGAGGUCGUCGACGGCGAUCGUGGGACGGGCUCUGGAAAAUGACCAGAGCUUCAUGGAUUAUCUGGUCACUGUCAGCGAAAAUCCCGCCUUACUCAAAGACGGGUUCAAGGAGCUCAGAAGUGAUCAAAAACUACCAAGCACCGAAGCGAAGCUGGCAGGCGGCGACUUGGAAUUCCCAGACGCGUCUUCACCCAUGCCAAAAUUGCCCCAGAACCAGUCUCAACUUUUCCGCCAACAGAAACCAACGAGGCCCAGUCACGCAUCAACGACAUACUCCGCCAAAAUGGGACUGGACCAUUUGGACAAUCUUUGUCGCCUCAUGGAGCAACUCACGGACCUGAAAGACCAAAACGUCGUUCUUCAAAGAAGAGUCCAGUAUUUGGAAGACAUGAAAAUGCUCCACUACAUGCAACGAGAGCUUCAAUGCGAAACACCCGAUGCCUCGGUAACACUAGAGCCCGUGGAAACCGCGAAUAACGAAAGCAAUGUGUGGAAGAAAAAGUCGACCAGUGCGACCAACAACAAAAAUCAGCCGAGAUCAUCGAAAAUGACUUGGCUCAAGGCUGGGAACCGCGGGAGGAGCAGAAGCAUUGAUGAAGUUCCCAGAAGGGGUUACAAGGGUUCAGGUGCUUCGCCGAAGGGAAAGAUUUCGAAGUGGGCGAAAGUUAAAGAGGCUUUCAAGUGGGAGAAAGUUGGGCUCGACCAGCGGACAGGCAAAACUCAAGGAAGUUCAUCUUCUCAGCAUUCUGCACAAACGUCAACUCAAAAACCGUCUGUGAUGCACCUUCAGGUUCCGUCGACAAUGUCUCAUUCCGACCAGAGUGACUUGAGUCCGGAUUACCGAUGUGACAACAGUUUUUAUUAUUCGCCAUUCAAUUCAUCUUCUUCUUCGGAAGACACAGACUGGGGACCAAAUUGGCUUGAGUCCGCGAGAUUCGGAGUAUAUCGAGAGCGGUCCGUCCUCAGCAGCGACAGUGCCGCCGACGAGGACCGCAGCAGCAAGCGGCGCCGGCACUCGGGCAGCUCCGCCAUGCGAGGCGCCUCCAGCAGCCGCGACGACGCCAAUGCCCGCCGGAACAAGCACCACGACAGCGACCGGAAAUCUCGCGGCACGAAAUUGGCUCUACUCUUCUACCAGACACAAGACAGGAGUUCAUCUGCACCAAAACGCAGUUCAAAAACUUCGCCGAUUCCAAGAAACCCCCGCGAUGACGAAACCCUCGUGCCUCCGGAGAACACCGCUGCUGCAGUCAGACGUCGCAGCAAGCCUCAACUCACGAUUUCCUUGCCCUCGGGCGGUUCCCCGUCUCAUCGUCUCCCGCAUUCCAACUCCACAAGCACGUUGGACAAGCAACUCAGGUCAGGUGCAGGUUCUGCAGGCGGAGGGACAACAGGGGCCAGUGCUGCUGAUAAGUUCGAACGCAAGAUUUCGGAGCCCGCCAGGGACCAGAGAACCAGUCGACAGCAUCACCAUCACCAUCACGGCCGACGCGUGGCCCCUGUUGCUGCUGCUGGCAACGGCCCAAAACCCAAGAUUUCCCUGAACGAAUCUCCGCCGUCGCAAAGGCAGUCCAAGUGGACCAAAGUGAAGAAAGCAUUCCUGGGAACGGCGACAACCAGCAGCAGCAGUGGAACAACAGGUGUUCCUCCACCUGCGAUAGGAACCAGCACUGGUAAUAAUUUGUGCGGCCAGUCAAAUUCGGGAGCGGGAAAAUCCGUGCCUACCAGUCCCCACAUUCCUUCCCCUGGUCUGACGGAAUCCGGCGUGUUUCGUUUCGACGAUGACGUGUCAGAGAACAAAGCCUCUCCUUCCAUGCAAAACACGACUGCCCAUAGGAAAGAUGCCAUGUCAAGCGUGUUGCCGGUGAGGAUGGAAAACAUCCUGGAACUGGAAGACAAACGCGACCGGCGCCUCGUCCCCAACGUCGUCGACGGCUCACUCGUCAACACGGGCAAUGCCAACAUCAUCGGAAGCGUGAGGCAUCACAGUUCAGCCGUCGAUCCUGACUCAGCACGGCCGAAAAAUCCGUUCAAUCCCCAGCGAAUAUUCGGGGAUUCUCACAGAAGCAGGGUUUCCGAGUCUAGCACGAUACCAUCGGCUGCUACUUAUCAGGCAUACGAAAGCAUCCAGAAAAACCUCAGCGUGAACUUCACAAAGAAGCUGGACGAGUGGGCAAAAAUGCGCAACUCCGGCACUACAUCACAGAGGCCUUCGGAACACCAAAUAAAAAAGCUCCCGCAAGACUUCACCAAGAAACUCCAGGAAUGGGAAAAGAAAAAGGCGAUGAAUGCUAGCAAAUCAUUGUCUUCUGCCGGCGGAAUAAUCACGCCGAGCCCGAAGCCCGAUCGGAAAUCCACGUCAGCAGCAGCAGCAGCAGUCCGAUCCCAGCCAAAACAAGAAUUGCAAAGCAAAUUUUACUCGAAAGAGGAAAAGAGCAGCGGGAAGCAUUCGAAUAAGGAGAAAGACAUGGCGUGGUUGGAGAAGGAACUCAAGAAAAUCGAGCGAGAAAAGCGGCGGCUGGAACGAGAGAAGGAGAAGUUUCUCCGACGAGAAGCCAGGUUGGAGCAGAUAAAAAUGGCUCUGCGAACUCCGGAGGAUGAAAAUCACCAGCGGGAAAUACUCGUGAGGACGGCUUCCGGAGCUUGUUUACGGUUUGGCGGAAUUAGCAGGUCAUUUGCUAGACGGCUUCUGGAAUGGGAAGAAAGACAAGGAAUCAGUCCGGAGGCCUCAGCCAUGGCUCUGCUGCACAAGCCCGGGAAAAGAUUACAAACUGUCGAAAUAAUCACCAGUAAACCAAAGGAGAAUUCCCUGCUGGAAAGUAGCGGAUUUGGUGCAGAUCGUGGCUUAUCGUCACUCAGAGAUGCUCAUCGUCGGACUUCAAAGCAAGAACUUAGCAGAAAAGUCAGGGAACUCAAAGCAGAACUGCUCAAGAUGUGGAACUCGCAAGAUGGUGUACAGCCGGAUAAACUCGACGAAGAAGCCGGAAAUAUGGGUGAAAGAAGUUGGCAAGACCCGAGAUUGAGUGAUUCGUCGCCUUCGACGAGUGGGAAAAACGGCCUGGAUUCCGCAUCAGCCACGUUUCCCAGCAAGAAGUCAACUUUCAACGACGUCGUCAGUGACGAUCAAGUCGCCGACGACCUGCUAGAGGACCCUCCUUCAUUCCGCGAACUCCCAGCUGACGAAGACUUCGAGGAGGACUCGACGUCACUCAGCUGCUCCAAAGCCAGCAACAAGGACCAGCAGUCUCGGGCCGAAGACCCAAUGGACGACGACGAGAGCGAAUGUCAACCGACGCGGCAUCAUCAUCAUCAUCGUCAUCGUCACGGCCAGCACUCGUCCACAGAGUCGUCAGUGGUCGACCAUCAACUCAGUCCCACCAAGACUCCGUCUUGGAUGCAGAAUGACGAAUUCGAUGACGCGAAUAACGCGACGCAGUUCGUCAUCGCUUUGCCGUCGCCGUCGGCAGCCGGGGGUUACAUGAGGAAAACAUCGUCGGACUUGACGUCUUCGACUUCGGAUAGGACGCAUUCGCCGAGCAAGCAAAGCUCUGACGGGGAUUUCAGGGCAUUGACGGAUUCCGGAGAAGACAGUCUGCAGUUGUUUGAGCACCAGUCGUCGUCGCAGCAACGGGAUGACGAGACUCCUCCGCCUUGCGAGGAGUUUUUCUUCUCCCUCCCGAUCGGGUUCUCGCAGGGGUUUCAACUUGUCCAGCGAACGGAAGCAGACGAAGGCGAAGACACAUCACAAGUCGAAGCAAGGGGCACGAACAAGAGACGAAUUUCCAGGGACAUGUUUAGCAGGCAAAUUGCUUUCGACGACGGACGUGGAUUUGCAAACCUAGGGAAGCAACUUUCCGGGGCUUCUGAAGACACGUACAAGGCUAGUGAUUCCCCGACCGGAACUACGACGUUGACGCUGUCGAGGCAGAAUUCGGAAACUUCGACGACGAAUGCUGUCAAUAAUGAUGGUUCCGGUCUGGCUCACCGAGAAACAAUGAGUGACACGGGCGAUUUCGGGCAAUCGCCUGCUAUGUCGGCGUCAGCGAAUCACGACACGUGUUUCGCUGAACGAUUCAAUGCGUUAUCUCGCUCAGCCACGGAAGUAAACUCCAGGUCAACGGGAGCCGGCUGCAUUUUCUCCUCAGCACAGGGGGAGCCGAGGCUCAUAGACAGGCCGGAAAUCGUGCCUACGCAAAUCAGGAAGUUAUUUUCGACGCAGCAAAGUUCUCCACAGACCUCCAGGUGUCGACUCGGACUUCCGGCGCCUACUUCCGACGACGAUGACGUCGACGCGGACUCCAAGAUCCCGAGUGCUGCUGGGGACGACGCUGAAACCCAGAGCAUCGUCAAAGUCAUUGUGCCAACGACAAAAUCCUUCUUCAAGUUUCCCCAGGACUCGAACAGCAGACCCCCUGCA